AUGAACUCGGCUAGGGAUUCCAGAGCAGGUGAAUGGCAAACCGUGAAACCUAGGCAAUCUAAGGGCAGUGAAUGGAGCCUCUUCGUAGGCAAUCUUGCGUUCGGCAUCAAGGAGGAAGAUCUGCAAAAAAGGUUUGGGCAAUUUGGGGAUAUCAACGACAUCUACUUUCCUUCCUUCGCUCGAUCUGGUAGAAAGAGGGGAUAUGCAUUUGUCAGGUUUCAGAACAAGGGCAACACCCAAACGGCAAAAGAGAAGCUUCAUGAUAGAUUCAUGGGUAGGCGUCGUAUGAUCGUUAAUGAUGCAUCCCAGAGACUGUCUCCCAGUAAUCCUCCCACUAUCAUCCCAAACCCCAAGCCGUUGCCUGUCCAAAAAUCUGUCAACCCCAAUCCGGCCCAUUCAUCUACCAAUGCAGGCAGGGACCCUAAACAAGCUACAUUCGGAGACCCCAACCACAUCCUAUGCCGACGCUCUCCACCCACCGAAUCCCCCCUCUUCCUCCACCUCCAUUAUUGUCCCUAA